CUAAUCCUUACACAUUCCAAUGUAACACAUACAUCAGUUUAUUUGUAUAGAUCAUGGUAUUUGUGGAGACUAUGUUAUCCUCAGUUGGGGGGUUCAUCUGCUUCCAGGAUGUGCAAUCUGACUGAACCUUUGCAGUGGUGGAAAAUGGAGGAUUCCUUAAGCCAUUCAUCUCUGGGGUUCUGGGAUGUGCCCCAGCCAGAGGGAGUUCAACAGGUCGAGCAGGAGGAUGAUGAAGCCUGCUGGGAUGUUGAUUUUAUUGUGAGAAACUUCUCUGAGUCAAAUGCUGGUGGUGCUCCGUGGCCAGGCCAAGAGGAACAGCCUUCAACGUCUGCUCUCUACCAGACAGUAAACAUUGAGGAGGGAAGUAGAGAGAGGCACCCCAAAACCAACAGGGCACCUGAUGUUCCUGGGGCACCAAGCUUCAAUACUGAAUUCCUGCCAGGAGAAAACUCUGUGGGCUGUGUUCCUCCUACCAUGCAUGGCUACACCCAGGAGGUGAUGGAUCCAAAUAAGGGCCACAGCCAAUUGCCCAGCAAUCAGUUCCUUGCCCAGGCAAAUUGUGGGGCUUUUGCUCCAAUGGGACAGCAUCACAGGGUGCCAAAACAGAGAGUUCAUGGGCAAUAUUACCAAUUAACCUAUGUACACCCAGGUCCCCCUUUACUGAGUAAACAUGGCACUUGCAAUCAGCUUCCACCAGGGCAAUCCCAGCUGCCACCUUGCAGCCUACUGAGUAGCUAUUGUCAUUCCUCCCAUGGCCAAUACCAAGCCACAGUACAACUUUACCAGGCAGCUCCAGCUUUGCCCACAUCGCCCUUUUUCAGCGUCCUGACACCUCCCUUGCCUCCCAGGGAAGCCACAGACAAGCCUAAGAAUGGACGCCAGUCCUCAUCACACAAGCAGCCUGCCAGUCGCAUCUGCAGUCAUCCCAACUGUGGGAAAACCUAUACCAAGAGCUCCCACCUCAAGGCCCAUCUCCGCACUCACACAGGUGAGAAGCCAUAUAAGUGCCAUUAUGCAGGGUGUGAUUGGAAAUUUUCCCGCUCAGAUGAGCUGACUCGCCAUUGUCGCAAGCACACUGGGCAGCGCCCAUUCAAGUGUCCUGAAUGCCUGAGCACAUUCUCCCGUUCAGAUCACCUCUCCCUGCACAUGAAGAAACAUCUAACUAAGUAACAGUAUGCACAAACCGUGGUCUACAGUGGAUAUUCUGGGCCAAUAUGAUGUCUUGCAGAACAGGGGAGUGGUAGUGGGAAGUGGGGUAACUCCAGAUGUAAACCUUUCUCUCCUUGUGGCCCCUUGUCCAUGGCAAGUGCUAUGUCCUAUAUCAGCCUUCCCCAAUCUUUGGGUCUCCAGAUGUUGCUGGACUACAAUUCCCAUCAUUCCUGACCAUUGGCCAUGCUGGCUGAGGCUGAUGGGGGUUGUAGUGCAACAACAUCUGGGGAACCCCAACGUUGGAAAAGUCUGUUCUAUAUCAAUGGGGAGCCUCCAGUCCAUGGGCCUAAUUACUUAAUGUCUGUUUUCCCCCAAAUCAAAUCCACCACAUCAUAUCGCAUCAUAUGCAACAUCAGGUGUGGGGCACAUAAAGAUGUGGCUGGGAUUGGCUGCACUAGGAAGUUGCCCAUUAGGUUCUACUUAGCACAGCCAAUGACCACUGCUCUCAGUGCUGACCACCUGAUGGGUGUGGAGAGCGAGCCCCUUUGAAGGAGUUCCCCCCUCAGUGCUGAUCAGCUAAUGGGCACUCAGAGGGUUCCGCUUUGAAGUAAUAAUCUGACAUUACAAUGAUGCCUAAUGCAUGGCCCUCCCCACGUUGGCCUGUGGGGGAGUAAAGAUCUAGGCCAUCAGCUGGAUCCAGUUCUCCAUCCCUGAUCUACAUGUGCUAGCUUUCAUGAAAUAAAACCAGACAUUUACAGAACUCUGACUGCUAGAGUAAAAGCUCUUAUAUUGGAGGUGGGGAAUCUGUGGCCCUCCAGAUGUUGCUUGACUAAAAUUUCCAUUGUUCCACUGCUUGUUCCAGUUGCUUUUGGGGUCUUGAUGGUAUUGGCUCAUAGGAGAUAGAAUCUUCUCCCUGCAUUUUGCUUUUCUGACCCAGUUAUCUUCCACACAGAGCGCUCUCUUUAAUACCCCAAAAGUUUUCCUGUGGGUAUGACCUGCUUAUAUAGAGUUAGUCCCCAAGGGAUGCAAGAAGGGAAUCUUAUGGCAACCCUGAGGUAAUUGGGUCUAGCAGAUUCUCUAACAUGUCCUCUGUAUAAAUGGAAAGUGGAGUAACAGUACCCUCUAGGGACAGAUCUACAGCUUUCUGUAUUAAAAUAAAUGUACUGAAAAAGA